UCUUAAUGCCCCAUCCAACAGCACCUCUCUCUCUCUUUCUGUUUUCCUUGUCCCUACUUGCAGAGAUUGUGCAGGAUUGUGAUCUUGAGACGUUUUCUUAAACAAACCCAUUUUCUUCCCCUAUUUUUUUUUUUCCCUUCUCUCUCUUUCCGGAGGAAACAGAGCACACCCACUUCAUAUCUUGAAGUGGGCCGUUCAUCUGCUCGAUCAAAAUAUUCUCUUGGGAAUUCUAUUUUAAGUCCUUGGAGGGUUUGUUUGUUGAAUAGCAUUCUGCAUUUGGUGAUAUUAUAUAUUCAGGACCUGAAGAAGUGUUUCUGUGAGGUCUCGAGUUGUUGACAAUGAGUGGACUCGAGCUUCAAGUCUUCGCUUUUAGCAGCUAACGAGGACAAUCACGAGCGAAAUAGAAUGAUGUUGGGCGUGAAUUGCAGGACUUCCUCUUCUGCUUUCCUCUCUCCUUCACAUCUAAGUUCUCCAAGUGCCGGAGAAAACGGGCUUUACAAGAAUAUACUGAAUGCAUCGCCGAGGCUCACUUCCACUUCUAAUUUUAUUGUGCAAUUGGAGAGGACUUCACCUGAACAAACGUCCACAUCUUGGGAUGCUGAAAAGAUAGUCAACUGUGAUUCUGUACAAUAUAUUCCUUCUAAUGGCACUCCAUCGCAUAAGUCCACUGUGGAACUACAGAAGGAGAUUGCCACACUUGAGGUUGAAAUUAUGCACUUGGAGCGUUAUCUUCUUUCACUCUAUAGGACAGCUUUUCAAGAGCACACGUCCACUCUAGCAAAAGUCUCAGAAACAAAGUUGCAGAGCAAGACUAGGUCACCAUCGCGGAAAAUGCCUAGUGAACUCAAGCAGAGAUCCGAGCCACACAUUAGACAAAAUGGCGUCCUGCAUACUUUCCAAUCUUCCCCUGCGCAUUGCUGGGCUUCUUUAGAUAAUCAGAGCAGCACUUCAAGUGUCAAAGCAAUAUCUGCUCGGGACUGUAAAAAUGCCGAUUUCGAUCAUAGGAGCCUCGCAGAUCACCUCGGAGCCAGAGACAUCUCUCUCAGAACUCCGGAGAGACUCUCUGAGGAUAUAGUGAGAUGCAUAUCUUCAAUAUACUGCAAGUUUGCAGAUCCCACUCACAUUCAAGUUGGCUCAUCUGCUUCACCAACCUCUUCCUUGUCCUCCUCGAGCAUAUUUUCUUCUCAUAACCCCAGAGAUAGCUGGAGCCCAUCUCGGAAUGAUGAAAUUUCAGUGCAUCAACUUCAGGGACUGAGAGAGGAGAGUGGGAGAUAUGGCGAUAUGGUAGAAGUUUUCAAGAUCUGUUUGGAUGAUAACAGUUUCAAGUUCGCCGCUACAAUGCUGCAAAAGUUCAGGUCAUUGGUUCGUUGUCUUGAGGACAUUGACCCAAGAAAGAUGAAGCGCGAAGAGAAACUUGCUUUCUGGAUCAACAUUCACAAUGCCCUGGUGAUGCAUGCUUAUUUAGCUUAUGGAACGGUCGGGCGUGUGAAGAGCACCGCUAUAAUGAAGGCGGCUUAUAAUGUGGGUGGAAAUUGCAUUAAUGCCUAUAUCAUACAAAGCGCAAUUUUAGGAAUCCGAUCAAGUCACUCGGCACCGUGGCUACAAACGCUGUUUACUCCAGGAAGAAAGUACAAGCCAGGCAGUACCAGACAUCUCUAUGCUUUAGAAUAUCCUGAGCCGCUUGUUCAUUUUGCACUUUGCUCAGCAUCAUACUCCGACCCACCGGUUCGAGUUUAUACAGCAAAGAAUAUAUUCUUGGAUUUAAAACUUGCUAAAGAGGAUUUUAUUCAAGCAAAUGUCUACAUCCACAAGGAAUCGAAGAUCUUCCUCCCGAGAAUCCUCUAUUACUUUGCGAAAGAUAUGUCGCUUACCAUGCCUGGGCUGUUAGAGGUGGUGAACGAGUGCCUCUCGGAAGUCCAGCAGAAAACUAUUCAAAAGUGCAUGAAGGGAAGGAUCGACAAGUCCGUCAACUGGAUGCCUCAUAAUUCGACAUUUCGGUAUGUGAUUGACCGAGAAUUAGCCAGAGGGAGAGUGCCGAUUUGAUGAAUACCGUGACUGUAUGUAACCCUUCAAAAGAUUGAUGUAUUUGUUCUUAGUUUUUUGCCAAAAUAAGCCAUGAGCAGCGAUUUGUACAGAGGUGUGAGGGUGCAAGAUUCUUUAGGGAAUUGAAUUGGAUUUGCUUUGAGCUAAGACUAUCAUCAAGGGCACACUUCAAUUGUUGUCUUACUAGAAAUGUGUAAAUCCUAUGUAAAUUUUGCGCAGUGUGAUCUCAGAUUGAUGUACACAGACGAUCUUUGAACCAGAAUGUCGACUCUUUCCCAUCAGAUACUCAA